AUGACAGUGGUUUGUCAGUUUUUAAUGGACAAUUGGGAAAUAAAAUCUUACACUCUAACAACAAAAGAAAUCGAAGAACGCCACACGACUAUUAAUAUAACUGCUAAAAUACAGGAAGUUCUUAAUGAAUGGGAAAUUAAUGAAAAAACUACAACCGUCGUUACGGACAAUGCCAUAAAUAUGACGAAUGCUGUCAAAGCUUUAUCGAAUUUGACAUUAAAUGAAGGAAUAACGUGUGCAGCACAUACUAUGCAGCUUGCAAUAUCAAAAGGAUUGGAAAUCGCAGAAAUUGCUAUAUUUUGUCAAAAGGCAAGAAAGGUGGUUGGACACUUCCGCCAUUCAAAUAUUGCAUGGGAAGCGUUAAAAACAAAUCAAAAGAAUUUCAAAAUGCCUGUGCUUAAAUUAAUACAAAGCAUUCCUACACGUUGGAACUCCACAUUUGAUAUGCUUGAACGCCUCGUGAAGAAUAGACGUCCUGUGGAAAGUGUCCUCGCUGACAGAUCAGUAACCAAAUUAAGAAUUGCUUACAAUUUAGAAAUCGCAGAACGCGAGUGGUAUAUCAUGGAGAAUUUUGUCAAUGUGCUCAAGCCUUUACAAAUAGCAACCACAGUACUGUGUGCCCAUAAUUCGUCCAUCUCUAUGGUACGUCCGAUUGUUCAUUCACUGCUAGAGAACCAUCUAACCUAUGAUUCAUUAAAUGAUGAUAUGAUCAGUCAAUUCAAAAAAGUGGUAUAUCAGGAACUCGAUACAUGGUUCGAUAUGAAAUGGCAUGAAAAUUCAACUGUUAAUGCAUGGCAGAUCACUUCAUUCUUAGAUCCACGGUACAAAGAUCUACGCGCCGAAAAAAUUGAAGCAAGAGAAGCAAUAAAAGCCGCAGUCCUUACUAAGCUCCACAACAUGUCCAGUGACACAGAAAACACUGAAAAUGAAACAUUAAUAGAGAGUGCUUUAGACUUUCUUUUUCAAAUACAACCAAAUCAACACAGUGUUUAA